CACAACCGCACCUCUCCCUCGACCCUCUUUGCCCGUCACCCCGCGGCGACCUCAGCCGCCAUUCUCUUCCGGCGAUGCCCUUCAACUGGCUAAAAUUCCUCCACUGUAAGUGCGAUACUUUAGGCGACGUAGUCCACCUCCCAAACAACCGACCCCCAUCUUCCUCAAGCAAUCGAUCCCUUUCCAGCCGCAGCUCCUCCCACGCCCUUUUCGACGUCAUCUUCCUUCGCCACAAAAUCCCUCAUUUCUGUACCAAACAGCUCCGUCAACUUCGCUCUCAAACCAUCCCCUUGAUACCGAAUUCCAAUCUCUCACCGAAACAGAAACCCACAUUAUACUACAAAACCCCUGCUAUUCUUCGUCCGCCGCCGCCUUCAGCAUCAUGGCCUCCUCAAACACUCUCCUUACUCCCAGCAGCGCAUUCCUCCCGCCGCAUAAUCGAACUAAUCUUCCGUUCAGGCUGGUUUCCCUCCAACGCACCCUUCUCCGGCCAAAUCGAGAUGCUUUUCCGUAUUCGCCACUCCCCGACGGCCAUCGCAGCCUUUGAGGCCCUCCGCUCCGCCAUCAUCCGAGUAGAUUCCGGCGAUCCUCGCUGCGCCGCUGAUGGGAAUGAGAUGAUGCGAUUCCACGCCCCGGGGUCGGAUAGUGGGUUGUAUAAUGGCGGAUUGAAGCGAUCCAGAGUGGGGAAGAUGGAGGGGGUGCGGACUUUCGAAGGAAGCCGUGGGGCGCACGAGAGCUGCAGCUGCGGGGAUGGUAGGAAACGUAUGCUAGUUUGUCGCGUUAUCGUGGGCCGGGUCGGGGAACCGGAGGAGAUGGGAUCGGGAGUUGACUCGGUGAGGUACGGGGAGGAGGAAAUAUUGGUGCUUGAUGACAGGGCGGUCCAUCCCUGUUUUCUAAUUAUCUAUAGGGUUUAGAUAUGCACCUGUGU